AUGCAAAGCCAAAUGUUGUAAUGUAGGUUUUUUUUUUGAAUUUCACGGUUUUCUGAAAACGAAAUUCAACUUUGUUUUCAAAAAAAAUUCUGCAAAAGCCUAAAAAUUUGAAAAAGUUGGUGAGUAUUUUAUUUGAAAUAUGAAUUCGAAUAUCACUCUCCCCUCUUCCCAACUUCGAUUUUUUCGGUGCAAGACCCGCUGAUAAAAAUAGGCAGAAUAAAAAUGGUUGAUUUUUUGCAGGAACCUAGAAAUAAUCGUGAAUGCGGACAUUGAAUAUUUAUUGUUCAAAAAUCCAAAGGUUUGUAUAUUUUAUUGGAAUUCAAUCAAUAAUUCUUGAAUUUUCAGAAGAUACAACCACACAAGCAUUCUGUAAAUAUGUAAAUAUUAUCAACAAUGCUCGAAUUUUGAUUACUGUAUCUAGACUACAGUACUCUCAAGAAUUCAUCUCCAGUUCCCAGAUUUUGAAUCCCAAGGUGUUCAACUAUGCUGCGCCGAAUAUUUUUCUUCAAAUGUCAAUUCUCAGUUAGUUUGAUUUUUCAAUUUUCAAUUUCUCAAUUUUUUUUCCAGGCGAAAUUGGUUAAUUGAUUGCACCAUAACGGUUCAACACAAUCGGUACAAAUUAGGACAAAAAUCGAAUUCAUAUGUGAUAUGUUCAGUGAGUUUGAAAUUUUCCAAAAAACUUCAUCGGCCUAUUUGUUUUCCAGAAAAUCCUGAAGUGCUCUCAAUAUUGCUCAAAUUUUGAUUACUGUAUCUAAACUACAGUACUUUACUGUUAUCCGAAAACUUGUUAUAUAUGUAUUGGUGAGUAUUUCAUCUGAUUUUUUAUUUUCAAAAUUUCAAUUUCAGACUUGAAUCUCAUCUCCCCAUCAAAAUGGAACAGUUCGUCCCGACUGUAUGAGAAUCAUACAAAAAUGAAUUUUUUUUUGAAUUUGAUCGAUUUUUCAAUAAAAUUUUAUCGAUUAAAUAUCAAUAUUUUCGAAUUUUUUCACAACACUUUUGUUUUCAGAAAAAUUCUAGAAAUCUUUAGAUAUAGAAAAAGCAUUCUCAAACAAAUAUGAUUGUGAAGUAAAAUUAUAAGUUACAGACUGUGUAACUUACAGUGAGUUUUUUAUAAGGAAAUUAUAAAUUAGAAACAAAAAAAAUGAAAUUUUUCACAUAACAAACUUUAUAAGUUUUGAAUUUGAAUUUCAAAUUACAACAAUUUAAAAAAAACGUUCAAUCAAUAAUAUCUUUUCAAACAAAAAACAUAUAUACAUCUCUCUCUCUCUCUCUAACCCUCUCUCAAUUUCCCACACUCUCUCAUCUACCCUGCAAAAAAACACGCUAAACAACGCGCACGCGGAGUAUCGUUGUUUCGCAUUUAUUCUUUUUUUUUGCACGACAUUUUUAUUUUUUGCUUUUUUUCUGGUUUUCGAGUGGUUUUUCAGCGCAGAAAGUGUUAAUUUUCUUAUUUUUCUAGAAACAGCCGUCACAGAAUGCAGCGGUCCCAUCAAAUUCACAAUUCUCAUUUUCUGAUGUAAGUUCAAGAAUAGGCGAAAAUUUUAAAAAGAAAAAGAAUGUAGAAGUUUCAGGCUUCCGAACAAGAAGAUGUUUCGUUUCGACAAGAUAUUCAAAGAGUUCAACAACUUCUCAGGGAACGGGCCAGUCAAGUUAGUUUAUUUUGA